CGGAACUCUGAAAUUGAGCUUGCCUCCUGUAAUCUAGUUAGGUUUCUAAGUCGAAUUGUGCGAUUUGUCUUUUUCUAAUCUCGGCAUCGUCUCCGUCGUUCAUCCUAUUGAUACAUCUGAAUGUCGUUGAUCCGAUUUCUCUCUCAUAUUUUCUGCCGAUAGGCCGCUCAGGUUAGGUUUCUUCGUCGAAUUGUGCAAUUUCGUCUCAGCGCCGAGAGUCCGAUGUCGUUCAUACUCUUGAUCUAUGUGAAACUCAUUGAUCGAUAUUCCUCUCUCAUAUCUAAAGUUAGUCGGUUAGGUUUGCAGUUCUUUCUGAAGACGAUUUUCUUCUCGCUUCGUUUCUGUUUCGUGCAUUUACCAACCACAGUCUAUUCUGUUAUCUUUCUUUUCAGAUGGCGGAACAGAAGAAGGAAGCUGGCGGCAAAGAGAAGAAGUCCUUUCUCGGUAAGUUUGUCGCUACUGUUUAUUGGAGGAAAUAGGUUUUAGUGGCGCUUUAAUGUUGGUUCCAUGCUACUGGAGUGCCUUAAUGGUGCCUUUUCUGUGAAUCCUCUAGAACGGUCUUGGAAGAUACAAAACAUGAAGUUACGAUGAGGAAAUAAAUUGAAUCUCCAUAUUUGAGUCCGAUGAUUUAUGAUUAGGAUAGCAACACUAUGAAUGAAAAACUUCUGCAAUUUGCUACGUGGUCUAUUUUCUCGUUAUUGAGAUCUCCGGAGUUCAGUUCUGUCGUAAUUUGGCAGCAAAUGUUUACUGUAGUAUCUAUAUUCGACAAUUAUGCUUUUAUAAUUACACAGUUGGAAGUAUAUCUUCUAAUGUUCGACUAUUUGCUGAACUAGAUGAUGAAAUUGGAAAUUAUUUCCUUGGCUCAUGGACGAAGAAGGUAGUGGAUGACACUAUGGAUUUCAACAUUGAAACAGUUCCAAAAGGGGAUAUAAAAAGAAGGCAUUCAACUUUAGGAACUUGAGAGAUUUUUACUGUCUUUCUAACUAAAGCCUGGAAAUCGAUUUAAAACAUAUUCAUGACAGUCUCUUUCUGAUGCAGUUUCGGGGUUUUAUUGCAAAUCGUCUUAUGAUUGGUGGAACCUCUUAAGUUGGAUUAGCUAGGGAUGAGAUAUUGAUUGUAUCUAUAUCUUUCUUAGAAAGAUACUCUCUUGCUUGAUUUGACCUGACUUUUGGCCAUUAUAUAUGCGACUUGCUCAACUGUAAAAAAAUUGAGUAAAGCGAAAAUAUGCUUGUUAACUUUUGUUCCACUUAAAACUGGUGAAUGCUAGAGCUCAUUAUUGCUGUGGGUAUGUAUGAAUACCAUUGUUAUUUUCCCAGGGACAUCGAUUUUAAUAUGGAUGGUGGUUUUGCCAAGUUACAAUCCUUCAAGAUGGACAUGCCAAACCUUGAUUUCUCAAGCCCCGAACAUGUUUUUCAAUGAAGCAAAAAGUGGAUAGAGGAUCCUCUAGUGGACAGCAGAAAGGAAAAUUAGACGCCUUUGACAUCUCUUUUGAUUUUGACGGAUUCAACCUCGAUGAAGACAUAAUCAAGGUAGAUGGUAACACUCCCGCCACAAAGCACACUGAUAAAAAUGGGGCUGCUAUGACUGGCUGUGAACGUCAUGAUGGAUCUGAAAGCAGUCAGACAGAGGACUCGGCAGCAUCAGAGAAGAUUAUCAAUCAUGCGGUGAAGACUGCUGUAGCCCCUGAAGGAAUUGAAAUUCCUCGAGAUGAUAGUCAAGUAGGAACUUUCGUUGAGCAAGCAGCAGAAAGCUCAUCAGAAGAAACAGUUGGUGUUAGAACUGAAGCAACAAAUCAACAGGGCUCAUCCUCAGAUGUUUAUACUCCCAUGGAUCAAUGUAACCCAUCCCAAGAUGAAGGCAUGCCCAAUGACCAAUAUGCUGAGUAUGGUUUGCAGUCCACGGCAUCACAAUCCCUUGGUGGGAGCGAUUCUAUCCAGGAUGCCCAAUCAGAUGUACCGUCGGAGGCUGAUUACUUGGAUUCGAGAGUGACUGUAAAGUCAAAUGCAAAGCGCACUCUUAAUGUUUUGAAAUCAAUCAAUGAGAACCAAAAACAACUCAGCAAAUUAACUCCUUUGAAUACUAAUGGCAAGGAGGUCAAGAAAGAUUUCAAAACAGAGAUUUUUCCCGAGAGCACUGCAGAGGGUAUUAAGAGACUGAGCCAGUGGCAACUGUUAGAGAUUAUGAGGACAACCAGAAGUCAAGCUAUACGGACUUGCCAACUGAAAAUGAACCAGAAACGGAUAAGAACUGAAUUACAAAGAAAGAAGGCAUGAGACUUAUCCAGUCCAAUUUCUGUAGAAAAUCUGGUGAUGUUAGACCUCCCCUUGCUUCACCUAGUCUGCGUUUCUCCUUGUUUGGGAGUUUUGAAUUGGCUAGCAAGCAGUUGAACCAUCUCGGAAGCGUGAAACCGUAAGUAGUGCUUUACAGUUUACUUCUUUGUUCAGCUUACUUUUUAUUGUUGUUUUGUUUUCUAAUAGAGAGAACUUCAAUUCUUUUCAAACUAGACAAAACUGGGGUUGUCAACUAAGUUCACUUUCUUCCAAUUUGAGGAAAGGUGCACCAACUGAAACCGUAAGUACUGCUUUUUACUGUCACUGCUUUUAACGACUUCCUUUUGGUUUUGUCUUUUCAACUCAUUUAGAGCAAUGUUCAAGAAGACGCUAGGCGCUAUCUAGGCGAGGAGGCACCGCCCAGCGCCCAGGCCGAUUAAUCAUUGCCUAGGCGAGAUUAAAUGUUGCAAAAAGUACGAUAGAUGAGCCAUAUUCCACAAAAACCCAAGUUGACAUAUCAUUAUUCAUCCAUUCAUAUUCACAUACAACCCUUUUGCACAAUCUCAAACAUCCCAAGUCGCCAACAAUGAGGAGGGAUCUCACUGCUGGUCGAUGAGGGGGGGCGGCUGGUCGAAUGGAAAUGGGAAAUAGAAUAGGGUUUGGGAUUUUCAAAAAAAGGCUACACUUUCCCCCUUUAUUAGUUGUUUUGGGCGUCGCCCACCAGAGUGAAAACGCGCCUCCGAGUGCCUAGGUGCCUAGAUCAAUCGCCCAGGGCUAGACGGGGCGAUUUCGUCCUGCCCAGCUAUUAAUCGCGCCUAGGCGAGAGAUUAAUCGCGUCUUCUUGAACACUGAUUUAGAGACAUUUUGUUCCAGCUAUGUUCAAACUGGCCGAAACUCGGGUAGCCAACUGAAGCCACGUUUUUCUGAGAUGAGAAAAGGUGCACCACCUCCUUUACUAGUUGGUAUGAAGAAUGUUAAAAGUACAGCUACCAACAGGUUAGUAAUGCUGAAAUUUAAAGUAGUUUUGUACUCUGUUCAAGCUCUUUCUUCCUGUGAUUUUGUUUUUUGUGAAUGAAACAGUUUUUGCAAGGAUCAUGGAGUACAAGAGAUAAGCGUGCUAAAUGAUUAUCCAAUACUUGCUGAUAAAGUGGUAGAUAAAGGGGAACCUGUCAUUCUUAGAAGUUUAAGCAACAUGAAGGAUCCUGAUAAUACUAGGUGAGGCUAUUGACUUGUAUAUUCUAGAACUAAAUCCUGUUGUGAUUUGGAAUUUGGCUGCUUUGGAACUCAGAUGAUUUCUGCUUUGCUGUAGAAAGGGCAGCUCUGUUGAUAAGAUAACCAAGUUGAACAUCUCGAGAAGUAUGAAGUCCUCCUUACCGGCUACGAGAUCAAUUCCGAGUUCAAAGGAUCAUACCUGUUACCACACUUAACUCUGAGAAGCAGACCCUGCCUAAUCUGCCCAGCUUUAAAAUUUCAAGGCAUGAUACUCUAGCCCGAUUUCUCUUAUGCACAUUUUGGUUGAUGCGUAUUUUUAUGGGUGCCCGUCAUUCCAUCUAGGAAUAUGGAUGUAAAAGGAGAUCACCCAAAUGCGCCUAACAAAACCUUGAAAGGCUUUUCCAAAAUCACACAAGCACAACAAAAAGCCGCAUCUUUGAAAAUUCUUCAUCUUGUCACCCAUGAGCAGAUGAAGAAAUUAUUGAAGAGAAACACAGAGGUUCCUUUCUUUCUUGGUCUUCCAAUUAUGCUUUCUUUUCUAGCUGCUCCAACAAUAUCUCAUUAACAUAGUCAAACUUCCAUAUAUGCAGGCAUUUAAUGCAGAUUUAGUGCCAUCGAACCCCCCAUAAACGUCUGUCUCAAUCACGGGAUGAAAUGUGAGGUACUGUUGUAGGUUAGAGAUUUCUGUGAUGGGAGUGUGCUAACUUGACUUAAUCUCCACAUCCUUGCGGAAUGUUCGAUGAACAGACUAUAGGCAUUGUUGGAGAUCAGGUAUAAUAAUGGCUUAACAAAGAGGUGCAUGCUCUAAAAUAUGUACUCAUGUAAGCUUGAUUGCAUGAUACCUAACCUAAAAGAGAAUUGAUAUUUCUGGUAGGUCAACAGUACUGACAAUCAGUGGCGGAUUCAGAAAAUUUUCACAGGGGUGUCCUCUUCAAAAAUUAAAUUUAAUUAUAUAAUAAAUUAAAUAAUUCGUACAUUAAAAAUAUCAUACUUGUAUAAUUUGUAUAGAUUUUUUAUUAAAUAAUAAAUUAAAAUUCACAUUUUGAAAAAAUAUAAAUAAACUCCGUGUCUGCACUGUUCAAAUAAAAUCUACAUAUCCUACUAGAAAAUACUUCACGAACUUAUCACAUAUUCGAUUUCUAACCUUGUUCUUAAUGUAGCUCAAAGUAGAAAAGACUCUUUCAACACUUGCCGUGUAACCAUAAAAUCAAUUCAAAAUUAAGGGUAGCCUGUACGUAGUUUAAUUAUUAGGUAUUGAAUCACCCAGAGGUAGAUGAGAAGAUAUUCUUUUGUUUCCAUCCAUUAACUGACGGUGAUGUUUUGCUCCAGAUGAAAAAAUCAAAUUGAUUUCCUUGACGAUUCGAAACAUUUGCAUAGCUAUGAGGUAUCCUGGGAAGUUUGGAGAAGAAUGAUCUCAGGGGCAAGCAUUAAGAAUCAACAAGUGGUACCUCCUCCAUCUCCCUAUGUUGUGCUCAUGACUUUGAAAGGCAUUGUAGUUUUAAGUAGGCUCAACACCUUCUUUUGCUGUUGAAAUUCCAGGCACAUAAUGAAGUUCCUCACUUGUUCAUGAUGGUUUCAGGCAAGUAUAAUAGUCUACUCAAGUGUUUCACUUCCCCCCCUGCUGACUUUGCUUUGCAACUGGAUAGUAAUGCCGUUAUUUGAGCGCCUAGCAGUCGUAGUAAUAACGUACUCUAAAGUCUAGACUCUAGAGUACUUAAGAUUUUGGACGGGAAAAAACGUUACAAAAGAAGGUAUUUUAGAAUACCUUUGUUUUGGUAGUGUUAUCAUGGUGGGUUUAUGGUUCGUUUGGGUGUGGUACCAGCAUUGAUCCUGUGACCGUGGGGGGAAUAGUUUGCUUUCCAGCUUGUCAUCCACUGAGCAACAGAUCAUGGUGGUAAAAAUGGCAUAUAGAACAACCGGUAAGUCACAAAGCCCAAAAACCAUGUCCAAGUUGAGAAAAGCUCAAAUAGGCGGGCUGACCGCCGAAUAGAGCGAGGGAGGGAAGGCAAGCAGCAGAAAAAUAAAAUGCGGUUGUUUACUGUUUAGCGAAAACUGCAUGGCGCGCUGUUUUUCGCUUGUGCAGAAUUUUAAACCAUGAAAAAACCUAAACUUAAACGCCAAAUCCAAAAAUAGAAAGAAAAGGCUCGAAUGAACAUCGGCAAAAACA